AUGGCUGGGUUAGGUAGUGGCGAGUUGAGAGCGCCGAUCUUCAACAGCGAUAACUAUGAAUUUUGGAGUAUAAGGAUGAAAAUCAUAUUCAAAUCUCAUGGGUUGUGGGAUUUGGUUGAAAAAGGGUUUGACAACACAGAUUUAAAGAAGGCUGAUGAAUUCGAUGCAAAGAAGAAAGAAAAGGAAGAAUCAAGUGGUGUUGGGAUGAUGACUCUCACAGAGCAUUCGAAGGAUUUGGAUGUGAUUGAGGUACAAGAAGUGGUAGCCUCUUUGAAGAGUUUUGAGUUAAGGCUAGAUAUGCAUUAUGAAAACAAAACUGAGAGAGCAUUUUCUAGUCUUAGUGUGAAUCCCAAACUAGUUAAGGUCACUGAAAAUCAAAACGCUAAGCACCAGAAGAAUUGGAAGGCAAAAGGUAAAAAGUGGGAUAACAACUCUACUGAUGGUGCUAGAAAUCCUUGCAAGCACUGUGGAAAAUUGCAUUUCGAUAGUGGAUGUAGUAAUCAUAUGACAGGUAGAGAGGAUCUACUCGUUGAUAUUGACAAGAAUGUGAUUGCAAAGGUUGAAAUGGGUACUGGACAACUUUUUGAAGUGAUUGGUAAAGGGAAUCUUGUGGUUGAAACCAAAAUAGGCAAGCGAUACAUCAAGAAGGUUAUGCUUGUGCCUGGACUGAAAGAAAAUUUGCUCAGUGUGGAUUAA